CAUGGAAUACAUCCUUAUGCCAAUAAUGAAUAAAAGUAGUUCAGACGGCCAGGCCCUAACUUAAAUAUAGUGCUUUUGGUGGUCAAGGGUGAUCAGGUGAGUGGUUAAAUAGAUCAAGAAAAGGAAAGAAAAAUCCAACUACCUUAUUAAAAAACAAGGGUAAAAUAUCAAAACAGUGGAUAGGCAGUAGGAAGAAUGUAUUCUUUGGGUUAUUAACAAUUAGAACAUCAUGUUACAAUGUAAGCAGAGGCUUGUGAGUCAAGGAAGGAAAGAUAAGUUAUAAACAAGUACAUAAAGAAAUAGGAGAAUUAUGCCUAAUGGUGUAUGUAUAUAAACUUGUGGGAAAUGUUUAGAACCUUACAGUGGAAGUUCUACUUACAGUGUCGUGAUUUAAUAUAUUUUGAAUUACAUCAUAUGACUCUUAAGGCAUACAUUGCAGAAAGGACCAUUUUCAGAGAUUAUUAUUUAGAAACGAACAUGUCAUAUGCACUUACAAGAAAUAAUUUUGUCUUCUUAAUUUACUGUACUAUGAAUACAUUGAACACGGGUUUUUAAAGGGACAAUGUAGCUGUUUCCAAACAUCUUUUAUUAAAACAUUUGCAUUUUACUGCCAGUUUUUUGUUCUUUUCCUCAGAGAGACCUCCCGGUGGCCAAUGUUAGUAAAUUCACCUUUCUAAUUCAGAAACUUGAAAAACAGAAUAAUGUAAUGGGGUCUAAUGGUGUUUACAUUCAACACAGUAUUGGUAAAAGAAAAAGAAGGACACUUAUAUUGCAUAAUAAGGUACUCAAUAAUGCUUUGUAUUUCUAUUAACAAAGCUAAUUUAUUUCUUCUUAGGAAUGAUGCAGUUCCAAAGUAAAGAUUUGAUGUCAUCCUAAUGAGUCUGCUUUCAGUUGUAGAGUACAGUGAAGCCCUAGUAAAGAGGAGUAAGAAAUCUAUUUUACUGGAGAUAAUAAAUCUGACAAGGAAGCUCUCAGCAUAGAUUGAAGUUGAUUUGGCAUAGAGUUGCUUUAUAAAUAGCCCUUUGAGCAAACUCUACAGUUCUGUAUGUGGUUUUAAAUCCCUGUAAAUUUGUAGGCAGGUACAUAUUACAAUUGUCUGUUUUUCUUUUUAGGGUUCAUGUAAUCAAAGAAGUUUCUUUGUUGUGUGUAUCUUUACAGAACACAACAGGAAUUGAAAAUGAAUCAGAACGCUACUGAGCCUGCGGUGGCCACCGAGACCCUGGCUGAGGUACCCGAACAUGUGCUGCGAGGACUUCCGGAGGAAGUGAGGCUUUUCCCUUCUGCUGUUGACAAGACCCGGAUUGGUGUCUGGGCCACUAAACCAAUUUUAAAAGGCAAAAAAUUUGGGCCAUUUGUUGGUGAUAAGAAAAAAAGAUCUCAGGUUAAGAAUAAUGUAUACAUGUGGGAGGUAUAUUACCCAAAUUUGGGAUGGAUGUGCAUUGAUGCCACUGAUCCAGAGAAGGGAAACUGGCUGCGAUAUGUGAAUUGGGCUUGCUCAGGAGAAGAGCAAAAUUUAUUCCCACUGGAAAUCAACAGAGCCAUUUACUAUAAAACUUUAAAGCCAAUCGCGCCGGGCGAGGAGCUCCUGGUCUGGUACAAUGGGGAAGACAACCCUGAGAUAGCAGCUGCGAUUGAGGAAGAGCGAGCCAGCGCCCGGAGCAAGCGGAGCUCCCCCAAGAGCCGGAAAGGGAAGAAAAAAUCCCAGGAAAAUAAAAACAAAGGAAACAAAAUCCAAGACAUACAACUGAAGACAAGUGAGCCAGAUUUCACCUCUGCAAAUAUGAGAGAUUCUGCAGAAGGUCCUAAAGAAGACGAAGAGAAGCCUUCAGCCUCAGCACUUGAGCAGCCGGCCACCCUCCAGGAGGUUCCUCCAGAACUAGCAACCCCUGCCCCUGCCUGGGAGCCACAGCCAGAACCAGACGAGCGAUUAGAAGCAGCAGAUUGUGAGGUGAAUGAUUUGGGGGAAGAGGAGGAGGAGGAAGAGGAGGAGGAUGAAGAAGAAGAAGAUGAUGAUGAGUUGGAAGAAGAGGGGGAAGAAGAAGCCAGCAUGCCAAAUGAAAGUUCUGUGAAAGAGCCAGAAAUACGGUGUGAUGAGAAGCCAGAAGAUUUAUUAGAGGAACCAAAAACAACUUCAGAAGAAACUCUUGAAGACUUCUCAGAGGUAGCACCUGCCAUGCAAAUCCCCAGAACUAAAGAAGAGGCCAAUGGUGAUGUAUUUGAAACGUUUAUGUUUCCAUGUCAGCAUUGUGAAAGGAAGUUUACAACCAAACAGGGGCUUGAGCGUCACAUGCAUAUCCAUAUAUCCACCAUCAAUCAUGCUUUCAAAUGUAAGUACUGUGGGAAAGCCUUUGGCACACAGAUUAACCGGCGGCGGCAUGAGCGGCGCCACGAAGCAGGGUUAAAGCGGAAACCCAGCCAAACACUACAGCCGUCAGAGGACCUGGCUGAUGGCAAAGCAUCUGGAGAAAACGUUACUUCAAAAGAUGAGUUGAGUCCUCCCAGUCUUGGGCCAGACUGUCUGAUCAUGAAUUCAGAGAAGGCUUCCCAAGACACAGUAAAUUCUUCUGUUGUAGAAGAGAAUGGGGAAGUUAAAGAACUUCAUCCGUGCAAAUAUUGUAAAAAGGUUUUUGGAACUCAUACUAAUAUGAGACGGCAUCAGCGUAGAGUUCACGAACGCCAUCUGAUUCCCAAAGGUGUACGGCGAAAAGGAGGCCUUGAAGAGCCCCAGCCUCCAGCAGAACAGGCCCAGGCCACCCAGAACGUCUAUGUACCAAGCACAGAGCCAGAGGAGGAAGGGGAAGCAGAUGACGUGUACAUCAUGGACAUUUCUAGCAAUAUCUCUGAAAACUUAAAUUACUAUAUUGAUGGUAAAAUUCAAACUAAUAACAACACUAGUAACUGUGAUGUGAUUGAGAUGGAGUCUGCUUCGGCAGAUUUGUAUGGUAUAAAUUGUCUGCUUACUCCAGUUACGGUGGAAAUUACUCAAAAUAUAAAGACCACACAGGUCCCUGUAACAGAAGAUCUUCCUAAAGAGCCUUCGGGCAGCACAAAUAGUGAGGCCAAGAAACGGAGAACGGCGAGCCCGCCUGCACUGCCCAAAAUUAAGGCCGAAGCAGAUUCUGACCCCAUGGCCCCCUCCUGCUCCUUAAGUCUUCCUCUUAGCAUAUCAACAACGGAGGCAGUGUCUUUCCAUAAAGAGAAAAGUGUUUAUUUGUCAUCAAAGCUCAAGCAACUUCUUCAAACCCAAGAUAAACUAACUCCUCCUGCAGGGAUUUCAGCAACUGAAAUAGCUAAAUUAGGUCCUGUUUGUGUGUCUGCUCCUGCAUCAAUGUUGCCUGUGACCUCAAGUAGGUUUAAGAGGCGGACCAGCUCUCCUCCCAGUUCUCCACAGCACAGUCCUGCCCUUCGAGACUUUGGAAAGCCAAGUGAUGGGAAAGCAGCGUGGACCGAUGCAGUGCUGACUUCCAAAAAAUCCAAAUUAGAAAGUCAUAGUGACUCACCAGCAUGGAGUUUGUCUGGGAGAGAUGAGAGAGAAACUGUGAGCCCUCCAUGCUUUGAUGAAUAUAAAAUGUCUAAAGAGUGGACAGCCAGUUCUGCUUUUAGCAGUGUGUGCAACCAGCAGCCACUGGAUUUAUCCAGCGGUGUCAAACAGAAGACUGAGGGUACAGGCAAGACUCCAGUCCAGUGGGAAUCUGUCUUAGAUCUCAGUGUGCAUAAAAAGCCUUGUAGUGACUCUGAAGGCAAGGAAUUCAAAGAGAAUCAUUCAGUGCAGCCUACGUGUAGUGCUGUAAAGAAAAGGAAACCAACCACCUGCAUGCUGCAGAAGGUUCUUCUCAAUGAAUAUAAUGGCAUCGAUUUACCUGUAGAAAACCCUGCAGAUAUGACCAGGAGCCCAAGUCCUUGUAAAUCCCUAGAAGCUCAGCCAGAUCCUGACCUCGGUCCGGACUCUGGUUUCCCUGCCCCUACUGUUGAGUCCCCACCUGAUGUUUGUCCUUCAUCACCUGCCCUGCAGACACCCUCCCUUUCAUCUGGUCAGCUGCCUCCUCUCUUGAUCCCCACAGAUCCCUCUUCCCCUCCACCUUGUCCCCCGGUAUUAACUGUUGCCACUCCGCCCCCUCCCCUCCUUCCUACCGUACCUCUUCCAGCCCCCUCUUCCAGUGCAUCUCCACAUCCAUGCCCUUCUCCACUCUCAAAUGCCACUGCACAGUCCCCACUUCCAAUUCUGUCCCCAACAGUGUCCCCCUCUCCCUCUCCCAUUCCUCCUGUGGAGUCCCUGAUGUCUGCCGCAUCACCUGGGCCUCCAACACUUUCUUCUUCCUCCUCUUCAUCUUCCUCCUCCUCUUCAUUUUCUUCUUCAUCUUCCUCCUCUUCUCCUUCUCCACCUCCUCUCUCCGCGAUCUCAUCUGUUGUUUCCUCUGGUGAUAAUCUGGAGGCUUCUCUCCCCAUGAUAUCUUUCAAACAGGAGGAAUUGGAGAAUGAAGGUCUGAAACCCAGGGAAGAGCCCCAGUCUGCUGCUGAACAGGAUGUUGUUCAGGAAACAUUCAACAAAAACUUUGUUUGCAACGUCUGUGAAUCACCUUUUCUUUCCAUUAAAGAUCUAACCAAACAUUUAUCUAUUCAUGCUGAAGAAUGGCCCUUCAAAUGUGAAUUUUGUGUGCAGCUUUUUAAGGAUAAAACGGACUUGUCAGAACAUCGCUUUUUGCUUCAUGGAGUUGGGAAUAUCUUUGUGUGUUCUGUUUGUAAAAAAGAGUUUGCUUUUUUGUGCAAUUUGCAGCAGCACCAGCGAGAUCUCCACCCAGAUAAGGUGUGCACACAUCACCAGUUUGAAAGCGGGACUCUGAGGCCCCAAAACUUUACAGAUCCCAGCAAGGCCCAUGUAGAGCAUAUGCAGAGCUUGCCAGAAGAUCCUUUAGAAACUUCGAAAGAAGAAGAGGAGUUAAAUGAUUCCUCUGAAGAGCUUUACACGACUAUAAAAAUAAUGGCUUCUGGAAUAAAGACAAAAGAUCCAGAUGUUCGAUUAGGCCUCAAUCAGCAUUACCCAAGCUUUAAACCACCUCCAUUUCAGUACCAUCACCGUAACCCCAUGGGGAUUGGUGUGACAGCCACAAAUUUCACUACACACAAUAUUCCACAGACUUUUACUACUGCCAUUCGCUGCACCAAGUGUGGAAAAGGUGUCGACAACAUGCCGGAGUUGCACAAACAUAUCCUGGCGUGUGCUUCUGCAAGUGACAAGAAGAGGUACACGCCUAAGAAGAACCCAGUACCAUUAAAACAAACUGUGCAACCCAAAAAUGGCGUGGUGGUUUUAGAUAACUCUGGGAAAAAUGCCUUCCGACGAAUGGGACAGCCCAAAAGGCUAAACUUUAGUGUUGAGCUCAGCAAAAUGUCCUCGAAUAAGCUCAAAUUAAAUGCAUUGAAGAAAAAAAAUCAGCUUGUACAGAAAGCAAUUCUUCAGAAAAACAAAUCUGCAAAGCAGAAGGCUGACUUGAAAAAUGCUUGUGAGUCAUCCUCUCACAUCUGCCCUUACUGUAAUCGAGAGUUCACUUACAUUGGAAGCCUGAAUAAACACGCCGCUUUCAGCUGUCCCAAGAAGCCCCUUUCCCCUCCCAAAAAAAAAGCUUCUCAUUCAUCUAAGAAAGGUGGACACUCAUCACCUGCAAGUAGUGACAAAAACAGCAACAGCAACCACCGCAGACGGACAGCGGAUGCGGAGAUUAAAAUGCAAAGCAUGCAGACUCCGUUGGGCAAGACCAGAGCCCGCAGCUCAGGCCCCACCCAAGUCCCGCUCCCCUCCUCAUCCUUCAGGUCCAAGCAGAACGUCAAGUUUGCAGCUUCGGUGAAAUCCAAAAAACCAAGCUCCUCCUCUUUAAGGAACUCCAGCCCAAUAAGAAUGGCCAAAAUAACUCAUGUUGAGGGGAAGAAACCUAAAGCUGUGGCCAAAAAUCAUUCUGCUCAGCUUUCCAGCAAAACAUCGCGGAGCCUGCACGUGAGGGUACAGAAAAGCAAAGCCGUUUUACAAAGCAAAUCCACCUUGACGAGUAAGAGAAGAACAGACCGGUUCAAUAUAAAAUCUAGAGAGCGGAGCGGGGGGCCAGUCACCCGAAGCCUUCAGCUGGCAGCUGCUGCUGACUUGAGUGAGAACAAGAGAGAGGACGGCAGCGCCAAGCAGGAGCUGAAGGACUUCAGGAACUUCCUGUAGAAAAGCCCCCCAAACAAAACAAACCUUAAUUGACUAAAAGGUAUUGCAUGCUCAACUUAGGAUAAGCACUACGGCAAAGGAUACGAAAUCUACCAAGCUUGCAAGACCAGUUGAAGCUGACUCAAAAAUCCUAACAUUCAACUGAUUGCCGGCAGGCUUAGAGUCAGGCAUCUGCUGCUUCGGUGGGGCCCAGCGCGCAUGCUGGGCGCCCAGGUGAUUGAGAUCCAAAGAGAAGGGCACUGUAAGACGGGCCAGAUGAACUGGCUCCUCGUCAUGGGACUGGUACCUCAGAUCUGAGCAUGACCCUUGUUUUUGGCACGUAGUGGAGAAAGGAAUGAUUUGAACUUAACCUUGCAAAGCAAGUUCUCUGUUUUAGCAGUAGUUUGUUGUAGGUUUCAGGGAUGACAAAUUUGGAUGCACUCAUUUAAAACGUUUUGGUCACAUAUCAGCUCUUGAUGCCUUUCUUUUAAAUUAAUUAUAGACAGAGAGAGGCAUUUAGCUGAUCUCUUACCCUGGUAUUUCUUGUUUUUUUGUUGUUUUUGUUUUUUUAAAUCACAAGUAGAUUGCCAGCUUAAUGGAGAGGAAACCAGAUUGGAUAUGGACUCUUUUUUAUGCCUAUUCUGGUGUUGCGUUUGUAUAUCCAAAUGGACAUUAUCCUCUCAGAUUCUUAUCUGGCACUAAUUUAUAACUAUUAUAUUAUCAGAGACUAUUUAGCAAUAUAUCAAUGCACAGGCGCAUCCCAGGCCUGUACAGAUGUAUGUCUACACGUAAGUAUAAAUGAAUUUGCAUACCAGGUUUUACACUUGCAUCUCUAAUAGAGAUUAAAAACAACAAAUUGGCCUCUUCCUAAGUAUAUUAAUACCAUUUGUCCUUGCAUUUUAUGCCUCCCCCUAAAUUAAUGACUGAGUUGGUGGAAAGCGGCUAGGUUUUAUUCAUACUGUUUUUUGUUCUCGACUUCAAAAGUAAUCUACCUCUUAAAAAUUUGUAGUUUAAUAUUUGUUUGGUGAAUUUGUGCCACUUUAAUCCUUCCACUAUCAUUCCCAUUUUGUUACAUUUCUGUUAUGGGGACUUUAUGUUGAAAUAUUGUAUAAAGCAUUUGUAGCAGUUUAAAAAUAAAAUAUUUAAAAUUAUUUAAAUUGUUUUGGACGCUUCAAUUGUAUUAUAUGUGAUUUACAUUUCACUUUUUUUGUUGGCGUUGUUAACCCGGAGAGUGCUCCUGUAUUGAACUUUGCUGUUAGUUAUUUUAUUGCUUCUUUUUGGAGAGUGCUAUAAAAGACUAUUCUAAUGAAAACAUUAAAAUUUACAAUUUGACAUACCAAAAGGGGUUGUCCAUUGAUUUUAACCAAUGUAGCAUUGAGAGAGAGAGAGAGGUUAAUUAUAGAUAGACAAGAGUGCUGUUUGCUGUUUUUCCCUCCAGCAUUGAAAUCACUGGGGCUCGUCAGAUGUAUUAAAAAAAGAUUUUUUUGUGCUAUUGCUGCAAACACUUAAUAACUAGAGGAGAAUUUAAACAAUGCAUUUUAUAUUAUUGUAACCAAUAAAAAACUUUCUAAACAUCUGUGAAAGGACUGCAUUUUGUACGUAAUUGGGAGCAGUUAGGGGAUAAAACAAGGUGUGUGGAGGACUAUUCAAAGGCCGCGCUCUAAUUUAAAAGUGCGGCGUCUGCUCAGCACACCUGGCGUCUGUUCACUUGUUUCUAUUUGACAGUAACUGAACAUGUGCUCAUUCCAGUUGGAAUUCUUUGUAGAGGGUGGACAUGUAGUCAGGCAACGAUGCCAAGAAGUACCUUGUGAACUCACUCGGGUAAGAGUAAAAUAUAAAAUAAUUUCAUCUGUGGGGUCUCUGUGCUUCCUGACAGUUUACUCUAAUUUGUAGAUUGAUGUUUAUUUCUAUGGAUUUCCAAGGAAUGCAACCAAAAAGUUGUGACAUACUCAGUUUAUAUGAAAUUGCCGGGGUUUUUUAAGAUUAAAAAUGGCUGACUAUAAGUGGUUUCCUAUAGUUUAUCAUCAUAGCAGUUUGCUAACCACAUCUGUCUGUCACUCCUCAGGGAAAGGUGGUGAAGGGAUAGCCAGCUUCCCUUGGCCAGAUGCUCCCGUUUCUGGCAUACGAUAUAUCUCCCUUAGAAAAACACGGAGGAGGAGAGAGGUUGGUGGGAAUCUGGAAGUGGUCUUUGAUAUUAGGAGUUGUAAACAAAUGAGGAUUGAACACGCAGCAGUGCCCUGUGAGGAGCUGAACGUUGUGAGAAAGAGCAUGGUCUUGGGGGAGAACUGGGUUUCCAUCCGAACCCAUCUGCCGGCCGUUCAUCCCUUCCUGUACCUUCAGUAAACAGGCCUCCAACAGGUGCCCUCCAUGGCUGUGUCUUUGGUGUUUUAGCCUUGGGCAAGUUCCUUUACAUUCUGGAUCCUAGUUCCCAGCCUGCAAAAAGUGGGGAGUGGACUGGCUGGUUUCUGAGUGUGCCUUCGAGGAGGAGAUCUUUUUUCCUCGAUCUGGAUGCUGUCAGACACAAGCACUGGACUGAAAGGGUGGGGUGAUGGUUUGGUCUCCACAGUGUCCCUGGCUCUGCCUGGAACAUGACAGGGACUCAGAUGUUUACUGGAGGAGUCACCAAGGAACCACGUCACAUCCAUCUCACCAAGGGUGAAGCUGCCUUGUUAGGGUUGCUUUGACUCUUUUAUGAUAGAGUUAAACAUUUUUUAAAAAAUCAAAAGCUAAUUAAAGUCUUCCGUGCCUGUUACCAUUGAAGCAUUUCACAGUGUUUCUGGUAAAUGCCUUGCUAGGCUGGCUGUCUCGUCUCAGUUGCUACAAGUACUUUCUAGCAAGAUAUUUUACAAAAUCAACUUAAUUUAUUGAGUACUUAGUGUAUGCCUGGCUGUGUUCUAGGUGCUUAGGAUACAUCACUGAACAAAAUGGACAAAAAUCCUGACCUCUGUGGGGCUUAUAUUUUCAUAGUGGCUUUUUUCCCCACUUUAUACUUCACAUUCCAGACCUCCUCGCUGUCACAAUUCCCCAAAGGCUAGGUGGUCAAGGAGAUGCUUCUAGCUUAAUAUCUGAGUGCCGAUAAUCUAGAUGACUGCCGGCUUUUAAUACUUACGUUAAAAUGACUCUACUAAAAUUAUCGCUCACUUAAUGCAUUUGAUAUUUUAUUCAUGUGGAUUUUGAUUUGAUAUUGAACCUCGCUUUGAAUAUAUUGACUUGAAUCCAUAAAAAAAAAAUCAUAAAGGGCAAUUUACCUUGAAAGUGGAUUAGAGCACAGGCGGAUGAGAAAAGGGUUGACUCAGAUAUAAAGGCCACAUUUAAAGUGCUUCAAAGACCAGGCUGAUAGCUACAGAAAAUGGUUUGUCAUUCCCCAUCAGCCUUUACAGGCCCAGCUGUCAUGGCCUCUUUCCUGCCUGAUGGCACCACCCCUGCAGCUGCCGCUUCGGGCAGCCUCAGUGAAGGUGCUGGUAAAGCACUGCUGUUGAGCGUAUAUUUGAGGGCGUUGGAGGUGUGGAUGGGCCAUUCUGCUAGACUUAACAAAAUGGGGAGCCACAAGCCCUGCCCUUCAACACUGUGGGUUCCACACUUCACCUGGGGAGCUUGUCAAAACUACUAGUUCCAAGGCCCUACAAGUGGACUUUCCAAUGAGUCCAUUUAGGGCUGGGGACCUACCUGGGUAAUAUGUACUUUAAAGACCCCAGGUAAAUUCAGGGCACAGGAGAAUUUCUGAAUUUAAUAUGGGAAAAAUAACAAGAUGAGGGUAGCUCUCAAUUGCUAGAGAAUUGUGUGCGCUUUAGGCCUCGCAGUGCCGCAUGUCAUCCUUAUAAUCAUCCUGCAAAGUGGGCAGUGCUGUUUUCCCAUUCUUCCUCAGGCUGCCGGGGGCGUGCAGCUGGUGUUAGGGCAUCAGUUAUUCUGAAGCCAAUCCUGAGCCGUGUCCACUCGGUGGAAAGAGGAGGUGGUAGGCCUUGAGGGUGAAAGAACCACGGGCCUAAUGUGUAGUUUCUCUCUGGCUUAUGUUGAUUCCAAGGCCCAAGCCCCAUUGGGCCCUGCCCUUCUGGUGGCUUGACCUUUCCUGAAGGGUUUGCCUCACAAGCAGAACCUUGAAUACACAGCAUUAUGGGAUAAGAAAAAUAAAGGUCCAGAUUGGUGAGAAUGGUGACAUGUGGACAUUAAGAUUUUAGACCAAACAUCUAAUGUCAAAAUAGAAAUUGAAUACAGUUUGAGGUUUGAGUGGGUGGCAUGUAGGGAAAAAAGUGCGAAACUGCUCCUUGGUGGUGCCAUGGAUCUCUGUGCUGCAGCCCCAGGCCCCAGGCCCGAUCCUUGUUGCCAUCUACACAGGGUCACGUCACUUCCUCCCUCCCCACCUUCUGCCCUUGUGCCACUUCCUCUGAGUGGUGGUGGAAUGAUCUGAGAAGCUUUAGGGUGGACUUAGCGUGGCUUUCCAACGCUUGCUGUGCGCUGGGUACUCCGCUGAGCAUCUACAAAACAAGUCUUGGCAAUGACAGCCUGAGGUUGGUGUCAUUUACCGAUGGAGAAACAGAUUUGGGGAAAGUGAUGUUGUUCCAAGGGCACACAACUCUAAGGUGACAAGUUGGGAUUUGAACUCCAAGCUGCACUGUGCAGUCCAUCAUUUUUAUAGGUAGGUUUUUUUUUGGUUUGUUUUUUAAGGAAUUUUAUUUCAUCUAAAUGUAGAAAACAGGAUGCAGUCCCUUCUCCGUAAAAGCUUUUGGAAGCAUUAGUGAGCAAGUAGAACAGUCAUUUGUGGGUAAGGAAAUCUUCCUGGUGCACCGAGACUUUUAGUCAGGAGUUGCUCCUGGACCCAUUUGCUUUUAGUUUCCCUCUCACUGUGGAAUAAACUUCUACCUCCAUCACAGACCAAUUAGUUCAGGUCAAUCAAGCUGGCUUUAUAGAGCCAUCUGCUUCAUCAACGGCAAUGUGACUGUUUAACAGAAGCCAAGCUCAUUAUAGUAAUACCCUUUGAUUUUGGAGAUGAUUCUCAAGGCCCAGGGAUCCUCAAGCAUCUCCUCAGAUACCAGCGGAGAACCUUGAGCUGCUGGCCAUUAACCCAAAAAGAAAGUUGGUCUAGGCUGCCUCCCAACUUCAGCAAAUAGUGCGUUACAUGCAAAACAAAUAGGUAUUUGCGUUCUGCUGAUAGGUUAUUUUUAAAGUACAGGAUUACAACCUGGAGCGGGUAUGUAGAUUUCAUUUAGUUUUCUACAUUAAGAAUUGAGAAAACCAUCAUGACUCUGCAUUAAAUUACUUGCAGUUGCAAAAAUCACAUUCAAUUAUGAAUCAUUAAAGGGUAACCCAGAAAUACUUAUUAGAGUAAACUUGUCGACCUGUUGCGGGUAAUAGGAUUUGCACAUGCUUGCAUUUCUGCCUCCUUUAUGCCAGCUGGAUUCCUUUUCAACACUUUUUUACAAUAGAAAUUCAGGUGGACAUUCUGGAAACCAUAAACAUUUUACGGAACACUGGUGCCUAAAUGUGCCUUCCCAUGUCCAGCUAAUAAACCAUGACAGGAAGUCAACAGAACAAGCCAUGUUUUGAACAUCUUUUCAUAGGUACCACCCGAGUUACUCAGUGAGGGGAGAGAACUGGAAUGUCAUUUCAGCAACCACAGAAAGCUACAGGUGGGUUUUAAAGCCCAGGUUUGUGUUCUGAUUCAGAACAUACCUAAGCUAAAAAUAUUUCCUUAUUCAUGUUUAAACAGGAGCCUAUGAUAUAAUCUGGAAUCCUACUUACGUAUCUACUGAGUCUUAGCAUUAAAUGUAAAUGUACAUUUAAAAUAGGACUCACUUUUUAAAAAUCUGGAAUUUGUUACACAGGUAAGUUAACAAAAGGGCAUUUAGGCCUUAGGAGACAGUUGUGGCUAUUUUAAUUUUUUAACUUAACAGAAUUUCAAUGUACAGUGGUUGCAUUUGGCAUAGCAAUAAUUAUUGGCCCAAAAUAUAUUUUAAUAUUUUUUUAUUGGAAUGAAGUUAUUUAAAACUCAUGGAUUCAAUUUUCCUUGCAGUAACAUUCUCUUCUCACUUGCUUUUUAUAAUCGCAUCCAGUCCUUGCCAACCCAGCUAAAGUUUAGAACAUUUUCAGAUGGCUUCUAUUUCCAGGCUAUUAUUGGACUUGUGAAUUCAGGCACAUUCUCCUGUUGUGAUUCAGUCAGCCAGCCAUUCAGAAAACAUCUUUCAACAGCCAAUCUGAAUCAUCAAGGUCUCAGGCUGUAGACCUGGAGGACUUUGUCCUAGGACUCUAAGAGCACCCUCAGGUGUAGCUAACCACCAUGGAGGCAGGUGAGGAUGCACCUGGAGUAUCACUGGCCUUUCCAAUGCUUGGGGGCAGUUUUCUGAGUUCUUUACAUUUUGAGCUCUCCCACACCUGACGGAGAUGGUAUUCUCAUUUACAGAUAGAUCAACCGAGUCUGAGAUAGGCAACGUCACUUGAAAUAUUUCCCAUAGCUACAAGUGGGGACUCCAAACCCAGCCAUCUGGUUCCAGAGCCAAGUUCAACUACAAUUUGGAACCACCUAAUCACUGUGCCUUUGGGUUUUGGAGAGACUUGCAGGUACAUAGCUGUUGUGUGCCCCAUAUGAGAUGCUGAUGGCCAGAGAGGAGUUCUACCACAGAGAGAGUGUAUAGGAUCAUGGGAAAAACAUGGACGUUGAAUGCCUACCCAUCUGGGUGUUCCUUACCUGGGUGUUGGUAGUUACUGAAAGGCAGGGCACGCUGCCAGCGGCAUCCCAGCGUCCUGGCCUGCGGUGGAGCUCUGUGCCCGCCACCUACCAUGUGCAGUGCACAUUACAGAAGGCAGCGUGUGCUCCCAGUGAGGAUCCAGUGGCUGAUGGCUGUGGUGGCGCUGGUGAUGACAGCGGACGCUUAAUCGGCGCCAGGUGCUCAAGUCCUCACAAAAACAGACCUAGGGAGGCACUGCUAAGGAAACUGCCAGGUCUUAGUAGCCGGCCCCGGGUGGAAAGGGGCAGCAUGUGAGGACCUUCGAUGAUGGUGAUCACUAGAGAACUUGAGGAAGAGUCGUUGCCAAAACGACUCACUUUUCAAAAGCCCUGAAAGAGAAAAAAAGUCCUUCGUGGAAACUGAGAAGCAUAAGUUUCUAUUAUAAUUUCAUGAGUGGGUGGUUCUAUCCUUUGGUGAGGCUAGAGCUUUGUCAGAAUUUUUAAAACACUCCUAAAGGCUCCUAGAAUGAUGUGUUCUUCUCUGUCUAGGUACGUGUGGAGCGAUUGAGCCACGGGGUUCAUGGAAAGUAGAGAGCAGGGAUGUCCAAUCUUUUGCCUUUCCUGGCCCACGUUGGAAGAAAGGUCACACGUAAAAUACAGUAACAUGAUAGCUGAUGAACUAAAAAAAAAAAAAAAAA